AUGGCCACUGCUCUCGUUGUCGUGGACGUGCAGGUCGGCGUCGUCGCCACUUGCUGGGACGUUCCAGCCGUCGUCGGACGUAUCGCCGACUUGGUCCAGCGCGCGCGAGCCGCCGGCGCCCCCGUCAUCUGGGUCCAGCACGACGACGACCCUCACCUCAAGCGCGACUCCUCGGACUGGGCGCUCGUGCCCGAACUCGUCCCCAACGACGGCGAAGUACGCAUCUACAAGCAGUUUCGCGACUCGUUCAGCGUGCCGCUCCUCGAAGAGACGCUGCGCGAGCGCGGCGUAGACCACCUCGUCAUCGUCGGAUCGCAGAGCGACUUUUGCGUGCGCACCACGGCGCAGGGCGCGCUCUCGGCGGGAUUCAACGUGACGCUCCCGCGCGACGCGCAUACGACGGAAGACAUCAAGGCGGACGGCGUGGCCGUCUCGGCGCAGCAGAUUGUCGCGCACACAAACUACUACUUUGACAACUACGAGUUCCUUGCCGGCGUCAAGAGCCGCGUCGUGUCGUCGAACGAGGUCGAGUUCAAGUAG